AUGACGCUUUACUCGUUGCCAUUUUUAACACCCCCGGGCAAGAAAAGAUCCACCCACUGGAGCGCCCUCGCGAAAAUGCUCGUAACUCCACGAACCGCACCAGCUAGGGCAGGGCUCAAUGCCACAACCACGCAGCUCCGAGGAGGGAUCGCGGAAGUGAUGAACUCGGAGAUGGUUGGCUGCUCGAUUGAAGAGUUCCUCAACCAUUACAUGCCCAAGUGCAACAAGAAGACUGUCAUAUCAGUCAUAGCAAAUCUGAAGAAGGAGAACGUCCUCGUACCACGCGCGAAGUCCAAGAAGAAGAAAGCCACAGUAUCUUCGAGUGAAGACGGAAGAAAGGUAUAUUCCCAUAUCUUCAACAACUUCCGCCCGCCCGCCAUUAUCGAAGAGAGUACCGACGCCAACAGCACGGAGAAGCCCAACGAGAUAAUGGUCUUUGACUCUUUGGCGACAAUCGGUGCAUCAGUCAUCGAGAGUCUGCGCAAAGUGAAAGGUGCCACUGUUAAUGGUCAUUCCAUUCGCAUGUGCCCCCAUGCUCGUCUCAAAUCCCCCAUCGAAGGCGACUUUUUGAUCACGGACAUUGCAGUGCCCUUUGAAUUCAAACUAAAUCGUUCGCCGGGCGAGGUUUAUCAGAACCGCAUUCAGCUCGCGUCUCACGUCAACCACACCAUGACCGAUGAUGCACGCCGAAAAUGGACCUACGGUAUUACCAUUGAGAACGAUCGGGUUUCUCUUUGGUAUUUCUCUCGCUCUCAUUCUGCCAAAUCCAGAUCCUUCAGCAUGGUCGAGCACCCCGACAUCUUUGUCCAGAUUCUGGUUUCGUUAUUUUCCGCCACAGACGAGCAACUCGGAUUUGACCCGCUUGUUACGUUGGUGGGAGACAAAGACUACGUCUACGAGUUCCCACCCAGUGGCGAGAGGACGGAUAGCAACUUCUAUCUCACCCUCGGGUCUCUCUCCGAAUUUCGUGUGCUAAACCUGAUUGGGCGCAACACCCGCAUCUGGAAGGUCAUGCAAGUGGUCUCCGCGAAGGAUCGCAGUCGAGUCCCAGGUACGCACGACAUGAUACUCAAGGAUGUCUCCCUUUAUCGCAACACGCCAACGGAAGGGGACAUCCAGAGAGGUCUAUUCCUUGACAUCGACACCUUUGGGAAAACGGAAUGGCGAAAGCACGAGUUGUUGAAGGACCUAUCUGACGAAGGGAAAGCAGCUUUGGCACAGCUACUGGAAGGCGACGGAAAGAAGUACAGGGAUUAUUUCUCAUGCGUUAUCGACGAGCACGUUGGGGGCCCCAGCCUUCCUGUUGCAAGUGAGGCAUGGGACGCCCCUGACACGUUCAAGAAUGUCGAGCCCGUGGAAGAGAAUGCCACCGAGUCGAUUCGCAAAGACCAGGCCACAAAGGGUUUAGAUGAUGAUGAUAGCGAAUCCGACUGGGACGAUGAGUUCGAAGACGACACGGACUGUGGAGGCAGUGUUGAAAGCACAGAUGGAGAUGAACUUUCUCGUCCCUUCGAGCCGAAACAGCAGUGCAGGCUAAUCUACAAGGAUGUAUGCACCCCACUUCACAACGUCCAUACCAUGGGAGAAGCGAUUGACAUUCUAGAGCAAUGUCUUUUGGUUCUUACCCUGAUGUUCUGCGCGGGAUGGGUUCAUCGAGACAUCAGCACCGGGAACAUACUCGCCCAUCGCUCCGCACCAGGCGCACCAUGGCGGGUCAAGCUCUCCGAUCUUGAGUACGCCAAACGGUUUCCGGGUAAUCCUACAGCAACUGCAAGUACGGAGGUCAAAACGGGAACCAUGUAUUUCAUGGCCACUGAAGUCCAGCAAUCGCAGGUUCUUCUUCCCGGGGUCCCCGGUACAAACGGAGCAGUCAUCGCGCACAACUACCAACAUGACCUGGAGUCCAUCUGGUGGAUCGUACUCUGGCUUGUGACAAUGCGGGUCAAACAGAACCUUCCACGUAUCUUUGGAAAAGAAACAUUCCAGCAGACCAUGACAAUCACAUACAUCAAGGCGCGUAUAUGGUGCCUGACAAACCCGUUAACGGGUGACAAGAACCUGCUCGCUUCCCUGCCACGGACCUUGCGAUCAACCAUUCUUCAUGGGCUCGAAAAUGUACGUGAAGACCUCCAGCACGAGUAUACCAAGCGGAACCAGAGCCAAGAGCAGAAUGUAGUGGGGUCUUACUCACGUAUUUUGGGAAUAACUUUCCCAAGUUUCUUCUCCGAGCUACGAGCAAGGCGAGACGAAUGGGAGUUUGUCAGGCUGAAAGUAUCGAAGAAAGUCCAGAAGGAGGAGUUGAAAGAUGCCUCCAACAAGUUGAAGCGUAAGGCAGAGAAGAUGGAAGCAGCUGGCAAUGACGACACGGACAUGAUCACCGACAGUAUGGCGCAGAGCAGCAACAUUGUAGGAGACUUGCGACAAUAUGCGCUCUUGCCUUCAACCCGCCACCAUGUCCAAAGCAAGAGUGUCUCUGGCAACAGACCCACAGGGCCUAUAACUAGGUCAAUGACAAAGAGCUCAACUGAUGAGGCACCGAGGCCUUCGAAGCGUCCUCGUCGCCGAUGA